CGAGUAUAUAAACUAUAGGAAUCCAUCGUCUUCGUUGUUGGCCCCCGUUGGAGUUCGUCGUUCUUCGUCUGUGAAGGAGCAUCACGCAGCCGCCUCCGUCCACGCCGCCGCAGCAGCCAUGGGUCGAAUGCACAGUCGCGGUAAAGGUAUCUCCUCUUCGGUAACUCCUUACAAACGAACUCCUCCUGCUUGGCUGAAGACCACUGCUCAGGAAGUGGAGGAGAGUAUAUGUAAGUUUGCCAAAAAGGGAACAACACCUUCACAGAUUGGUGUUCUUCUGAGAGAUUCACAUGGAAUUGCUCAAGUGAAGAGUGUAACCGGUAGCAAAAUUCUCCGCAUCCUUAAGGCUCACGGGCUGGCUCCUGAGAUACCAGAGGAUUUGUACCAUUUGAUUAAGAAGGCAGUUGCAAUUAGGAAGCACUUGGAGAGGAAUAGGAAGGACAAAGACUCAAAGUUUCGCCUGAUUCUCGUUGAGAGCAGAAUUCAUCGCCUUGCACGCUACUACAAAAAAACCAAGAAGCUCCCCCCUGUCUGGAAAUAUGAGUCAACCACUGCCAGCACCUUGGUUGCUUAAACUGUAGAUAGCUUGUAUGUUCUGAAAUGAUGAGUAGGAACCUGAGCUAUUAUAGUUUAUCAAUGGUAAUGUUUAUUCACAGUUUGUGAUUUUGAGAAGCAUAUCCUUCAGUGUAUCCCCUCUUUUUGAGGAAGUUUACGAGAUUUAUUAUGUCAGAAACGAGCUAAUUUUGAUUUUGAUAUAUUAAUGCACAAUUCAAGAUUUUGUUUUGCUUAUGUCUGAACAUGUAUGUCUAUUUUAGCAUGUAUAAGCAUAUCAUAUACUAUUGUCCUAUCUCUUCCAUAUUUUCCAGUUCAUAUAGUUGAG